AUGGUCCUCGGCACGCGGGUACUUCCCAGCCAGAAAGAUACCUAUGACCAACAAGACGACUCCGACAUCGAUGACGUUAUUCCCACCGAACGCCCGAAGUCGAAGGGAUGGGUAAAAGGGGUCUACCUUUGCGCCUGGUCCAAUACAGGAAUCCUAUUACUGAACUUGAUUCUCACGAUGAUUGCCUACGGAAUAGCUCAUGCCAAUAAAUCUAAAGAAUACAUAAAUGAAAGCCCUUUCUUCGGCAUUCUCUACCAGGGGAAAUGCGAGGUAACGAAUGCGUGGUCGACGUGGUUACCGGUAGCUAUCAACAUCCUGAGUACGGCGAUGCUGGCAACGAGUAAUUACUGCAUGCAGUGCCUGAGUGCGCCGUCUCGUGGGGAUAUCGACCAGGCUCAUUCGCAGGGGAUGUGGCUGGACAUUGGUACUUUCAGUGCGAGAAAUCUACUCCUGCGAAGCAGGAAGCAGCAAACAUUAUGGCUUUUGCUGCUUGUAACGUCGGCGCCAAUACAUCUAGUAUAUAACUCCGUCAUCAUAUCCUCUCUUGGGGCAGUUAACUAUGGGGUUGUUGUGGCGCCUGUCGAUUUUGGGCCCGAGGACUCAUUGAUGGGUCCCGUGGCAGGCGGGUUCGAGUUCUACAUGCAUCAGACCUACGAAAGCCUGGAGGCUGAAAUACUUGAAAAGAAACUGGAGAAUCUGACAAUAGAGCAGUGUGUCAAAGAGUAUGCCAUUGACUAUCCCCUCAAACGAGGCAAUCUCGUGGUUAUGGUGGAUCGCCAGGAGCUGUAUGGGUAUAAAAGCCGGUUCGCUGGGCUCUCCUCACCCGCAAAUGACCUCGAUCAUGACACACACAUGUGGAUGUGUAGUGGACUAGAAAGGCUACCACCUGUAUGUUCCAAAGAAAUAGUCCUUGAGCAAGUCAAGUCGGGAAACUGGUCUGUAUACGGGCGUCCUUGGGUGCACAUCAAUUGGGCAUUGCAUGUGGAACGGCCGGACGGAACAAGGAUUGAGAUCGGGAGCUGGGAUACCCAAGCGAUAUUGCGCGGCGUUGCCGCGAAUAGUUCCCUAACUGCUGAUGUGGAGACUCUGAGAACGUACUUGGACAAAAAUGAUCCGAGAGAGCCCCGUUUGGAUGAGGAUACAAGACUUUUAAGGGAAUUUUUGGAUGACUCUACUAACUGGAAAAACAGCACCUGGGCGGCAAAUACGGAUUUUGGGCUUUACAAAGGCAUUAUGCCCUACGACGCGUGGAGGAGCGGGCAUAGGGUCUCACCGCCGGCUCGUAUACGUUCCUGCCUCAGCAAGAAGAUGGAAGAUAACUGUCAACUCUGGUUUAGUUUACCCAUUGCGAUGGCUGUGUUGCUCUGUAGUGCCACGAAGGUGGCCUGCAUGUUCCUAACAGCACAACAAGAUCGGCCCGAAAUGCUUCUAACCGUUGGUGAUGCCAUGGCUUCAUUUCUAAAAUCUCCCGAUCCAUAUACAACCGGAAGGUGUAUGAUGUCAAAGGAUGACGUGUCUCGCCCUACUUCACCCUCAUACCUCUGGAAACUUGGCCUCGCCAAUCCGAACUCAACUACGAGACUUGGAACCGUUCACGCAGAUCCGAUGAUUAUUGCAUUGCUCGUGAACACACCGCAAGCCAUACUCUCGACCAUCUACCUCCUCUGGAACAACCUAUUCACGCGGAUGCUCCUCGCAGUUGAGUACAACGAUUUUGCAUCGGAGCGGAAAGCCCUACGCGUCUCGACACCUCAAGGCGACCAACGUUCAACAUACUUCCUCAGUCUACCGUACCGAUACGCAAUACCACUGACGGGGACAUCGGCACUCCUACAUUGGCUUGUGUCCCAGAGCUUUUACUCCGUGCAACUUGUUAAGAGGAACACCGUCAGCCACCAUCUGGGUUACUGGACGAGUUCUGUGGGAUAUUCGCCUAUUGCCAUGAUAUUUUCCAUCGGGGUGCUGGCCCUGGCGAUCAUAGCGAUGAUUGGCAUCGGUUUGCGCAGAUUGAAAGCUCAUAUGCCGAUUGCGGGGACUUGCAGUGCUGCCAUAAGUGCAGCAUGUCACCCCCCUAUUGGGGAUGAGGACGCUGCAUCCAAGCCUGUGAUGUGGGGAGAGGCUCCGAGAGAUGAAAAUACCGGGGAACGCGCGAGAUAUGCGCAUUGUAGUUUUACAUCGAUGGAUGUGAACUUGCCGAAUUUAGUGAGACUUUACAGUUGA